GGGAGGAAGACCAUGAGCCUUCAGCACGAACGACCCCCGAGAGACCACCAGAGACUGAUACACAGGCGCCCCUGGGAGGACUUCGGAUUCGGGAAACCAAUUAUAAUAACCCUGCCUCUUUCAGAAGUAGUAAUAAAUAUGUAUUAGCCUAGGAGUAUAAAAAAUUAGGCGCCUUACGUAACGGGUGUGCGUCUUGGUGGAGCAGAGACUCCCGGCGCACCCAGCGCUGUUUGCUUGCCUCUAUUCGUUUAAUAAAUUGUAAACUUUGAUUGCAGUCCUAUUUGGGACUCAGUCAUUUAUAACAAUUGGGGGCUCGUCCGGGAUGGUCUUGGUUCCUGAAUUCUGACUUGAUCUAGGAGGGGCGCCCCCACCAUUUGGUGGCUCCUGUUCGAGUCGGGUCGGGACUAAUGCCAUCUUGAACCUGAAUAAGGGCAAGCAAAGAUUUAGAUUUUUUAUGAGCUCCCUUUGCCGGCUGCAGCACUAUAUUUUGCCCGUAAUUCUGCGCGCGAAGAUCCGAACGAAGACGACGGAGUCUUUUUCCAGGAGCUGUAUCACCCCGAAGGGCUGAAUGGUAACACAAGCUCUGAAAGCGGGCCCAACCCCAUGAUUGAAGGCGUUUCCCACACUCUCAAGAUUGGACGGCGCAAAAGGCUUAUAAUAUGACAGGCCACCAAAGAGAACUGAAUUGUGACUGUAAGUGGAAACCCAACGUGGGAGCUUGGAAGUGCGCAUAUACGAGUACAAACGGGGCAGACACUGUAACAGGACCACUCGGUAACAAGGACACUCUGUAUUAUCACGCCCCAAAGGGUAAAGAGGGAUGGGAUGGUCCUUUUCCAAAUGGGACGUGGGCCCUAAAGGGACAUUAUUGGGUGUGUGGCAAACAUGCUUACAAGAGGCUAUCCGGAAACUGGUCGGGAAUAUGCUAUGUGGGGUACAUAAGACCCUUGUUCUUUUUAUUGUCACAAACACAAGGAAAUCAUUUAGGAAUAAGAUUAUAUGAUGACCUGAACAGAAUGAAACGAUCUAUUGAUACUUCCUUAGCCGGGGGUAGUGCCCAAAAAUGGGGAAAGGAUGAAUGGCCUCCUGAAAGAAUCAUACAGCAUUAUGGGCCAGCUACCUGGAACCCGAAUGAGUUGGUAUCAGGAGCCCGAGAACCUAUUUAUAAUUUGAACGGAAUAAUUAGGUUGCAAGCUAUCCUCGAAACUGUAACCAAUCAAACAGCGACGGCCUUGGAUCUUCUGGCUGAUCAAUCCACUCAGAUGAGGAAUGCUAUCUUUCAACAUAGAAUGGUCUUAGACUAUUUACUAGCAGAAGAAGGGAGAGUGUGUGGAAAACUGAACGAUUCUAAUUGUUGUUUACAGAUUGAUGAUAAUGGAAAAGUGGUUAAACAGAUAACAAAGGAAAUUAGAAAGCUAGCCCACGUCCCAGUACAAACUCAGAAGGGUAUGGAUUGGGAUUUCUUUUCGUGGUUGCCCGGUGGACCAUGGGUUAAAAGGAUGCUAUUUUUAUUUUUAUGUGGUGUAAUGACGUUAUUGUUUAUACCUUGUAUGACACCUUGCUUUACGUUGUUGAUACGGCAAAUAAUAAAUAGCACCCAAUUUGUGAUGACUUUGGUAGAGAAAAAAGGUGAUGUGUCAAUAAUGAUGCUUAAGAAAUGGACUCCCCGAGAACUGACUGAUGAAAUCCAAUUGUUACUAACAAAGGUUGAAGAAGAGACACGAAUUGAUGAUAUUAAAAAGAAGAAAAAGGGGGGAGGAAAAAGAAUGAACGGAAUGAGGAAGAAGUCCCACUUUCACCCCCCCCUUAUAUACCCCCUCCUCCCUCACCUCCAGCCCCCCCCACGGCUCCGGGCUACCAUAGUGACUCUGAUUCGGCCACGGACACCCCUCGGGGAACUAGACGGGUAA